GAGCAGAGCACCCUCUAAAUGCUCAUAAUUGGACUUUGAUCUUAAAGCGACAGAUAACUGAUAAUUAUGUAAUAAAAUGAUGAUUGCUGAUUAUUAUUCAGAGGAGUAUUGGGUGUUGGAUUGUUUCAUAAUUCAUGCCAUACCCACUUCCAUAUUUCAAGAAUGAAAAAGUUGCAGUUAUUCGUAGAAACAAUAACGUUUAAUUAUUGAUGGAAAAUACCAUAAUUGAUUAUUUUCAUCAAUCAUGUAAAAAAGGAUUUGUAGUCAUUUUCAUUAGUUGUAUUUUAGAAAUAAAUAUUAAGACAAAUCCAUGGAAAGAAAAAUGGGUUCAAAGUCAAUCUUUUUAAAGUGGCAAAAACGCCAUCGUUUACUUGCCCAUCGAGAGAAAAGCAGGAAUGCUUCAAUUUCUGUUCUACUUCUAGGGCUACCCCAUUUCUCUUUCUCCCACAAGCUCUGAAAAAAGUAAGAAAAGCAGAGAAGAGAAGAGAAGAGAAGAGAAGAGAAGAGGUUUUGUCAAUUUGAAACAAUGGCGACGACAGGGCAGCCAAAACGACAAGGACAACAGCAGCAGCAGCAGCAACAACAAAAUAAAACGACGGAGAAGAGAAAGCCAGUGUUUGUGAAAGUAGAUCAGCUAAAACCAGGGACCAAAGGCCACACCUUAGUCGCCAAGGUAUUGUCCUCUAACAUGGUCCUUCAAAAGGGUCGAGCCGCUUCUCGAAAUCUCCGCCAAACCCGCAUCGCUGAGUGUCUUGUUGGAGACGAGACCGGCACUGUCCUCUUCACUGCUCGUAAUGAACAAGUUGACUUGAUGAAGCCCGAUGACACUGUAAUUCUUCGUAAUGCGAAGAUUGAUAUGUUUAAGGGUUCUAUGAGGCUGGCUGUCGACAAAUGGGGCCGCAUCGAGGUCACUGACCCUGCCAACUUUGUUGUUAAAGAGGAUAACAAUCUAUCUCUUGUCGAGUAUGAGUUGGUUAGUGUGCUUGAAAAUGACGAGAUUGCUGAGACCUAAGCUGCUGGAUACCGAAAGAGUUCUUAUGGAUUGGCCCGAUGAUUCUGGUUUACUCUUCAUAAUGUUGGCGAGAUGCUAUUAUGGUACAAUUUUCAUUGUGAACGUGUUGGGUUUGGUAUACAAAUCUUGCUGAUGGUUGGUCUUCUGCAUCAUACUUUUUAACAUCUAAUGGUCUAGGUUAAGUACUAGUGGAAUAUGUACAAGACUGCUUUCUAGUGAACAAAUUGCAUCUGGAAAUUUAAGUGUUGAUAGUAAGAUCUUUCUAAAUCGAGUUGUUCGUUGCUUUAAA